AUGCUUUCAUCUGCAUCAACAUCUACCACCGCUACCGCUUCCGCUGCCAGUAUUCGCACUGCCCGACUUCGGGUGCGGGGAUACCCAGCAGACUACGAUGUAUACGAGUCCAACGUGGCUACCUCGAACUCUUCCUCGCAGCAGGUUGGGACCGGAGCCACUGCCGGAGAAAUUAGAGCCCAUAGCCCUGCUGGGUGGCCAGAUGACUAUCGCCGUAUCCCACCGUACCGGCCGAUUAAUCGGCAUCUCGACCAAAGCCAGCGAAGGGUGUACACAAGUCUGGGAGAGCGAGCAUUUUUGACCAUAAUGUUUACCGGAUUGGAAAUGAAUGUGAUGGCAAACCGCCUGUGGAAGGUCACCGGGGAGCGACUGUCUGAAAAUUUGUUUAGAUACAAGCUAGGCGGCGAAUUUUGA